GAGGCUCAACCGAGAGGGCUUCCCAAGCGGACGGAGCGCAGAGGAGAAAGAAGAAGAAGAAGAAGCGCGAGGAUGCUGAUCAGUGCCGAGCCGCGAGCUGCAGCUUCACCUCAUCAGCGCAAACACAGGAUGCUCCUGUAACUUCUAAUGUGUUGAAGUUCUGUUUGUUGCUAUAUUCAGUCCGGGUUUGGUGUCUGCUCCGCCUGCCAUGCUCGCUCUAUCAGUCCACGGUGCGCUUUUUCUGUGCGCCUUCCUCCAGCUGUUCUCCCUGCCUGGCGGACAGGUGCCGACCUGCCAGGAGGUGCGCGCGGUGUUCCAGUCUUUGCAUCCGGGCUCCAAGUGGGUCCCCGAAAACCCGGUGUCAGGUGCGGAUCUGCAGGUUUGCCAAACCAAAGGCCCGACCUGCUGUUCCAAGAAAAUGGAGGAGCGGUAUCAGGUAGCUGCACGCAGCAACAUGGAGUCUGGUCUGCAGGUUGUCAGCGCUCAACUCAAACGUCUAAUCAUCCAGAACGCCGCCAUAUUCCAAGAGGCCUUUGAUCUGGUGCUGCGUCACGGCCGCAACUCCACCCUGUCCAUGCUGAAGACAGAGUUUCCAGCUCUUGGGAGUGGAGCCCAGAGCUCUGUGGGGCAGCUCUUCUUGGACAUGUCACUCUACAUCCUGGGCUCAGACUCCACCGUGGACCACAUGGUGGCUGUGCUCUACGGUCGCCUCUUCCCUCUGGCUUACCGCCGCCUGCUGGGCGGCAGUGUAUCCUCUGCGUCUGAGGAGUGUGUAAGAGGAGCCUGGAAGGAGUCAGGAGCAUUUGGCCCUUAUCCCAAACUGAUGAUGACCCGUCUGUCUCGCUCCCUCCUGGCCACACGAGUCUUCCUGCAGGCGCUGAACCUGGGCAUCGAAGUUGUCAACACCACCGACCACCUGCGGCCCGGCCGGGACUGUAGCCGGGCCCUGCUGAGGCUGUGGUACUGCCCACACUGCCAGGGCAUGCUGGGGCCGCCAGCCUGCAGAGGCUUCUGUCAGGCUGUGAUGCAGGGCUGCCUGGGGGGGGCGGCCGAGGUGCAGCCCCACUGGAGGAGCUACGUAGACGGAUUGGGGAAGCUGGCUGGUGCCAUGAGGGGAGAGCAGGACAUGGAGGCUGUGGUUAUUAGACUGCCUUCAAUGAUCAAACUGGCUCUCAAGCACGCUGUGAACGCCCGCACCCGCCUCACUGCCCUGGUGAGCGGGAUGUGUGGACACACUCCUCAGCGGGCCUCCCGCUCAGUCGGAUCCCCUCCUCCACAGCCUCCCGCUGCCUCCGCAGCCCGCAACACUCAGCCCUCAUCCUCGGACUCUGAUGAGACUUUGGCUGGGCUCCGCAGGGAGUUCAUAUCCAACCUGAAAGGCUUCAGCUCCUUCUACAGUGGUCUUGGGGAGGCGCUGUGCAGCCGUGAGCCUGCUCCAGCAAACCACUCCCUCUGCUGGAAUGGGCAGGAGAUGACAGACAGGUUUUCCGGGCCUGGCCUGAAGCGAGCGCAUCCUGGCUCAGAGACUCGAAGCAACAAGCCCCCUGAACCAGUCAUCAGCCAGAUCAUAGACAAACUCAAACACAUCAACCAGUUGCUGCGGCUGGUAACCGUAUCUGAGAAGCGCUGGAGAGCCCGGUCGCGGGGAGUUGGAGUUGACGGGUGGAGUGAUGAGGGGGAAGAGGGAUUCGUGAGCGGGGACUGUGACGAUGAAGAUGAGUGCACCGGAGUGUCAGGACUGGGGCCGCCACCCAGACGCAAACGGUUACGCAUCUUUGCAGACCUCGCUGAUAACCUGGCAAUGGACGACUUCACCUUCCAGGAACAGCUGCUGACCCCUCGCCUGGCCACAGCAGGGGUCGGAGGUGUCUCCUCACCUGCGGCGCCUCUGUGGAGGAGCUACCUGGUCCCGAUGCUCCCUGUGAUGCUUUCCCUGCUCCUGCUUUGUCACCACUGACCACUGCACUCCCACCACCUCUUUAACCCCUAGAAGACUUUGAGAAAUUGGACAAACUUUUUCUUAAAGUCCUGUCUCAUCAGAGGACGCAUGAACAACAAAAAAAUGCCACAUUUCUCUUUAUCUGUUUCAGCAAGAACCUGUUUUGUUUUAUUUAAAAUCGCUGGAUGUUCUUAACAAACCCAUUAAAGAACACCAGAUAAACCCAUGGCAUUGUGUAAAUAACAAACUUGCCCUCUGGUUCACUCCCUCUCGCCUCCUGCGUCCUCCACGGUUUCACACUGACUUCUGUAUAAUAACAAAGUGACGGCGUCAUGACACAGCUCAGUCAUGGACCUGCAAGUGUUGAGCUACGUUGAGAAAAAAAAAACAACAGACCUUUUAAAAAAAGCUCCCAGUCUGCAACAAGUUAUUGUCCAAAGACAGAAGUUGGAAUAAGAAGAAAACUUUUGCUGCUCUCUUCCAUGGCAGUGAAUGAUGUCCUGCCAGGCCUGGGCUUCAGCUGGGGAGCUGUUGUGCGCUCCUUGUCCUCAGAGGCUGAGGUUAAACCUUUAUUUAAACAUGCACUGUACCUUAAAUGCCCCGUUACUGCUUAAACGUCCCUCUUCCUCUCUCAUCGUUUGUGUCGUAGAGAUAGCGAAGUUAUUUCAGACUGGUUGCCUCAAGUGUUCACACUCUCACUGUCAGUGUUUGCUUUAUUUUUGAACACUGAUGAUUUUCUUUCUUUUCUUUUUUUUUUUUAGCAAAACAGCCCUACAAUUUUUAAAAAAUGAUGUUCAAGGGCUACCAUAAGAGCCUAAAUCUCUAAAUCAGCCUGACAGUUGUACAGAUGUAUGUUUUUCUGUGUUGGUGCCAUGUUUACAAAAAAAAAUGUUGAUUUGAUAUAUUUUAUGGCAUAUUUCACCAGAAUAUGUGGUUUGUUGAUUGAGUUGUUGGCUGAACUUUUUAGCGCAUUCUUUAGCACUAUGGGUGAAGCGAGGACUAAUGUGAAAUAUGUGUAAAAAAAUAUGUGUAAAUUACUUUUGUAAUGUCGGUUUGCAUCAAGCUCAUACACUCUCCAAUUCUGGCCUACGUUUAUAUUUCAUUAUUUGAUCUUUUUAUGUUUUGUUUAAACCAGAAGUUAGAUUUUUUUAUUGUUUGUUUAGUUUGGUUUGUGUGGUUAAAACUGGAGCUCCCUUGUUUAGACUGGAGGACGUGAUGGAUGUUUGGACAGACGUUAAUUAAAAGCUGAAAGUGUAUCUGUUGCUGCCACCCAGCUGACUUCACAGCUGUGAGUGGAGACUCACACCACACUCCAUGCUUUUCUCAUUUCUCAGUUUGUGGAUCCUCGAUUCCU